UGAUCAAUUCUUCAAAACAUGUGAAAGAGUUUAUAGCUUUGCAUAAUAUUAUCAUUUAUUGAACCUAAACUUUAGCAUGUCUAAACAAAAUGACACGUUCUCAUUAUGUCUAGAGCGCAUGCAGCUUUGUAUGGUCCCCAAGUUGUCUAGAGCGCCCUUGGAGGGCCCCCUCGUGCACUAUGAAGGAACUACAGUGAAAUGUCUAUUUGAAUAAUGUUCAUAUUGAUUGUAUUUAAUUAUUUAUAAUGCAAAAUGUAUUUAUUUAAAAUAACGACAGCGAAAGUACCAGUUAGUUAAAGUAAAGUUUAGGGGGGAAAUAGAAUACGAAGGCAGCGCUGCUGUAAUUUAACCCCUAGAGGGCACUAGAGGACAGUGUAGUUUCGGCCCCAGUGUAAUGAGCCCCCUCUCCUCACAACCUUUCCACAUAGAGCAGCUGUUUUAGCAUCAGCACCCCAAGCAUCAAGGCAAUUAACCAUUAGGCUAUUGCUUACAGGUGUGCUGCAUGUGAAUGACGUAAGCACGUCAUACGUCGUAACCCUUUAGAGAAUAAACAUUUGAACUAAUCUAAUUAUAAUGAUAUUUUUUAAAUGCUUGAUGUGAAAUCACAUACGUUUGUAAAUCUCACAUAAAAUAAAAUGAUGGCAUUUUAGAAAAAGAGUUGAUAAUCCCCAGUUUAUGGCAGUGACGUCGCUCGAGGCUCGCCUAUGAAAACAUGGUUACUUCCGGUGUGAUCGGUAAGCGUCGCUCCGCGUCCUCCUACACACGCAUCAGGGGCAGCAGCAGCAGACUCUCUGCGCUCCGCAUCCACCUCAAACGCGCACAGAUCAAGCCUGUUCGUACUUUUAUAGAACAAUCAUGGCGGCCACAUCACUGGAGGCAGUGAAACGGAAAAUAAAAAUGUUGCAAGAGCAGGCGGACGGGGCUGAAGAGAAAGCGGAGAAACUGCAGAAGGAGUUGGCGCUGGAGAGGAAAGCCAGAGAAGCGGCUGAGGCCGAUGUAGCUUCCCUGAACCGACGUAUCCAACUGGUGGAGGAGGAGUUGGAUCGUGCACAGGAGCGUCUGGCCACGGCUCUGCAGAAGCUGGAGGAGGCUGAGAAGGCUGCAGAUGAGAGCGAGAGAGGCAUGAAGGUCAUUGAGAACAGGGCUAUGAAGGAUGAGGAGAAGAUGGAGAUCCAGGAGAUCCAGCUUAAAGAGGCCAAACACAUCGCUGAGGAGGCCGACCGCAAAUACGAGGAGGUGGCCCGUAAGCUGGUGAUCGUUGAGGGUGAGCUGGAACGUACAGAAGAACGUGCCGAGCUGUCUGAGGGACGCCUCCGGAGAUUACAAGAGGAGCUCCGAGUGAUGGACCAAAGUUAUAAGUCAUCAAAAGCAUCAGAAGAACAGUACUCACAGAAGGAGGACAAAUACGAGGAGGAGAUCAAGGUCCUGACCGACAAACUGAAGGAGGCUGAGACCCGCGCUGAGUUUUCUGAAAGAUCAGUCGCCAAGCUUGAGAAGACCAUCGAUGACCUUGAAGACCGUCUCUACCAGCAACUGGAGAGAAACAGCCUUCUAUCUAAUGAGCUAAGAAUGGCAUUGAACGAGGACUAAAACUAGUGUGGACUUCUCACAGAAUUGUGUCUAAUGUGAAUGUCGUGACUGAAUGUUAGUGGACGGAGGAUUUUCUUGCUGCCUUCAAGCCCUGUUGAAAUUGUUUUUACGAGAUGAGUUUGCGAUAGCGCCACCGCAAUUUCACAACUGCAGAGAUGUGUAAAAAAGAUAUCUGUUUGAAAUUGUGAAUGAUGUUGCUGGUCAGGUGAGAUGUCAAAGCAAAUACAUUUCCCAUAAUUUGUGAAGAAAAGUCAAAGUGCCAAUUUGCAAGCAAUGUGCACAUUCUUUGUGAUGCAAUAAAGUCCCAUUUUUGUCGGGAAGUAAAAUAUAUUUUGCGUCUUCGUAAUUGCAACUUUCAGACUUGAAGGCAGUGUGCGUAUCCUAGACGGCUACUAAGAUAAUCAGGAUGUUAUCCAAAGCCAUUUUGCUUUAUGCAAGAGUCAGCAUUUGACUACAACUGUCGAUAUAUACAGUACAGUAUAAAAAGUGUAUAUUGAGUAUAUCUAUAUAGUGUGUCACCAUAUGACUGCUAGUUACAUGGAUUUAUUAAUUUAAAGCAUGCAUUGAGUGUGUGAAAUUCAUAACUAUUGACCCGUGAUGCACGAUGUCCAAGAGACAGAAUGUCAGUGUAACUACAACUGGGUUUUUACCAACAAAAGUUUUUUUUUUUUUUUUGGAAUGACUGUCAAGAAACCCACUGCAUGGUAUGAGGUACAUGCUUUGCAUUGAUAUUAAUCCCUUUUUUGCUUGAUGUU